UGCCACACGUUACGAUGUGCUUGUUGGCGUUGCAAUCCGAGUCACUCGUACGAGUCACUCGUAUCGUGUAGCAGGCCCUUUAGUUAGAAUACCUCCAAAUGAUGACGUAUCACAUGAAUGACGUCAAACAUUAAAUAUUCUUCUGCUACUGCUAGGCUAACGUGUCAGUGCAAGUUACUUCUAAACGAUGGAUGUUUCACUAAUGUUACUGGUGACAGUUCUCUGUAUAUUGAGUCCUGUUCAUUCAGACACGUGUGAUACUAAUUGCCAGAAUGGUGGUACACCGUCCAAGGAGUGCGGACAAUGUGACUGCGUCAAAGGAUACACUGGAUUCCAGUGUGAACUGGGUGAUGUGCUGCUCAACCUGGUCGUGGAUACCACUGAAAUGUUUCUGGGUCUGGCCUUUACUAUGACGUGUAAGGUGACCAACGCGCGUGGUUUUGGUGUUAAGAAGAGUGUAGUGGAGUUCCAGAGAGUAGGUGGCAAUGUAUUGCCCACCUAUGCACUGCAGAAAGGCUCGAAAUGUUCAGGACAUACAAAAAUGCUUGGGUAUGUACCCAGAUGCGGGAUGGGCACGGACGACGUCAACUCGAAUAUGAAGAUUUACAUCAUGGAAAUCAUACAGGUUACAAAAAGUGAUGUCACUGACUGGGUUUGUUCAAUAAUGUAUCCAAAAAUUCAGAAAUCCCGGAUUAUGCAUUUCAAACUGGCUGCUGUCAACUUGACCAUGUCAGCGGAAUCCAAAGAUGCUGUGAUAGAUAAGCCAUUUAUUCUGACUUGUACGCUGGAACACCCUACUUCUGGUCUUGUUAGAGGUACACUUGAGUUUUUGAGGGGAACCAACGUCUUCGGCUCACUGCGGCAAGAAGGCCCGAAGUGCAGAGUAAUCACCUCAACAUCUAGAAGCUAUAAAUGCAAGUGCGGGAAGGGAACGGACCAAGUCGGCUCACGUGUUAAAAUCUACCACAUGGAGAUCGUACGUCUAACAUACCAUGAUAAAUGGUACUGGUUUUGUGGUAUAGAAUUUGGUGACAAAAGCAACAAAUUUUCUUUCUCGGAAUUUAUUCCUUGCAAACUAAAGUGUAAAAACGGCGGAAGUCCUAACGAUGUCUGUGACAAGUGUAAUUGCGUUGGAAAUUGGACGGGAAGUACAUGUCGAGAAUGUGGACUAACUUGUUUGAAUGGUGGUACACUGCUUGCAAUGUGCUCUGGAUGCAUAUGCCGUUCAGGAUUCAAAGGACCCACGUGCGGUGAGUCUGUUUUUAUGCUACGUGAGAUGUGCCCCAGGUGCGGUGGAAGUUAUAACAAGAGGUGCGUCACGCAGUCAGGGCUGUUUUUCGUGAUGUUGAGGGGUCUCUUAGUUCGUAAGAGAUGA